AUGUUCAAAUCUGUUUUAACUGUGGUCGCUAUAUGUUUAGUGAUUUCUGAGGCUCGUCCGAAAUGGCAGUUCCUCCCCGAAGUGCUCGGCUACGUCCCAGUUUACAUCCAGAACGGUGACACUCCCCUGGAGGACAUCAACCCUGAGCUGGCUGAAGCAUUCCAUGCUAUUCCCGCCGGCAGAAGCGCGGGAAAACUCGUCGACGCCGUCCCUGAUGUACCGGAUAAGGAACCGGAGUAUGUCCCAGAGAACAUCGAUAAGCGACCAUACGAAAAGAAAUUGAUCGAGAAAAAGAAAAAAGCAAGCUACGAUGUUCCGAAACCGAUCGAAUAUUGA